GCUCUAUUCCAUUUGUAGUGUGUGAUGAUAAGAACGAAGAAAGAGCCCUCAUUGACGUUAAAUAUUCAAUGAAGUUAUGCGUUGAUUAUUCCAUUCCAAGUGUUGGUCUUUGAUUUAUCCGCAAAAACAUGUCACGUAGCUUUGCAGCUCUAUUCCUAUGGUGGAUCCUUGUAGUUGUAGGUACCUGUCCUCAGCCUCUGCUGUCUUAUAAUGGCGGCAACGCAGACGAAACGCCGCCCCGGCGCGAGAUAACUAGGGCGCCACACGGCGUUGUGGCGACUGAUGACGGAAGAUGCUCGAGAAUCGGGAGAGACGUGUUGGUUGACGGAGGCCAUGCCGUUGAUGCAGCUGUGGCUGCUGCUCUUUGCUUGGGCGUUGUGAGCCCCGCGUCGAGCGGCAUUGGCGGCGGCGCGUUCAUGGUGCUUAGGUCGGCUCACGACGGCGAGGUCAAGGCCUUUGACAUGAGAGAGACCGCGCCCAAACGUGCUUCCCAGAAUAUGUACGCGAAAAAUCCAGACGCUAAAGCGAGGGGCGCGUUAUCCAUCGCCACUCCCGGGGAGCUUGCAGGCCUGUAUGAAGCAUGGAGAAAGUACGGCAAUCUUCCCUGGCAAAAGCUCGUGAAGCCGGCAGAAAGGCUUGCGCGAAACGGAUUCGCGAUAUCCAAAUAUCUGAGGAUGCAGAUGGAAGCAACAGAAGAAAUGAUAAUGGCGGACGAGGGACUGAAACAUGUUUUUGCGCCAGAAGGGAGGCUUUUGCAGGCCGGGGAUAUCUGUCGCAACAAAAAGCUGGCAACAACUCUCAGAAUCAUUUCUAAACUCGGCGUGGCUGCAUUCUACAAUGGCUCCAUUGGAGUGAGUAUGGUCAGAGACAUUCAAAAAGGUGGAGGAAUCUUAACAACCGAUGACCUUAACCAUUAUCAGGUUAAAAUCAGGAAACCAAUUGUCACAGAUGUUAUGGGGCUCAGAGUAAUCGGAAUGCCACCUCCCUCUUCUGGUGCUGCUGCUAUCACACUUAUACUAAACAUUCUGUCGCAAUAUGGAUUCUCUCCAAACAUUUCUCCAGCCCUGCAAAUACAUAGAGAAAUCGAAGCCCUGAAGCAUGCUUUUGCUGUAAGGAUGAGUCUGGGAGAUCCUGAUUUCGUUGAUCUGAAAAACGUUCUAGCUGAUAUGCUUUCUCCCAAGUUCGCAGCAGAGCUGAAGAAAACGAUAUACGAUAACACCACUUUUAAUGCCAGUCAUUACGGUGGCAGGUGGAACCAGGUUCAAGACCACGGAACCAGUCAUGUAUCAAUUGUAGAUAGCAACAGAAAUGCAGUCUCCAUGACUAAUACAAUCAAUGCAUAUUUUGGGUCUGCUUAUAUGUCACCAAGUACCGGCAUAGUCCUAAACAAUGAGAUGGAUGAUUUCUCAGUUCCUGGAAAUGAUACGUCUCGUCCACCUGCUCCCGCCAAUUUUAUCCGCCCAUUAAAGCGGCCAUUGUCGUCCAUGAGCCCCACCAUUGUCCUCAAUGGUGAGCAUUUGAAAGCUGUGGUAGGAGCAAGUGGAGGAGGAAAGAUAAUAGCCGGAACAACUGAGGUUUUCUUGAACCAUUUUGCCAAGGGGAUGGAUCCACUCUCCUCUGUUAUGGCUCCAAGAUAUUACCAUCAGCUUUAUCCAAAUGUCCUGCAGUAUGAGAACUGGACAACUGUGGUUGGGGACCAUUUUGAAUUGGGAGCUGAUAUAAGGCUAGCCUUACAAAAUAAGGGGCAUGUCCUAUCUGGCCUUGCUGGUGGGACAAUUUGUCAAUUUAUAGUUCAAGAGCUUGAGCCUCCAUUGUCUGGUCAGCUUGUGGGUGUAAGUGACCCCAGAAAGGGUGGGUUUCCAGCUGGCUAUUAACAACGAAAAUGAUAAUUGUACCCUUAUAGUCGUAUAUAAUAAAA